AAACACCAAAACCCUCUCCACUCCUUUGGCUGUCCUACAUUUUCUUUCUCUGUAGCUCGAAAUCUUCUGCUGCUGCUACUCCAAGGUCUUUGUCAGUGAAAUUGGAGUGUAGAUAUUUCUGAUUUUCAGAGAAUAUUUUGGUUCUGUGGUCUCAAAAUGGCAACUUAUGUUUCUCCCUGUUUGACUCCUCCGGAUUCUCGGGUGCUCACUGUUCUUAGAAAGAGUGUACUGCCGGAAAAUCAUCUAGGCAGCAAGGUUAGCUGCUAUAGAAUGAUUCAAAGUAAGAGAAACCGCGUUGUUGCUGCUCAUAAACCCGAGUCUUCGCCAAUCAGAAACUCUUUGAACUCUCAUAGCUCAAGCCAUUUUCAAAGCCAAGACUCUUUCUUGAACCUCCACCCAGAGAUAUCAAUGCUCAAUCCAAGAAAAGAAAGUGCUCCCAUCACCGAGGACUUAGGCGAGUCGUCUACUCCGAGCAGUUACAACGAGGCAAGGAUUAAAGUUAUCGGCGUUGGAGGAGGUGGGUCAAACGCUGUGAACCGCAUGAUAGAGAGUGAGAUGGUUGGUGUGGAGUUUUGGAUUGUGAAUACGGAUAUUCAGGCAAUGAGAAUGUCUCCAGUUUUCCCCGACAAUAGGUUACAGAUUGGUAAGGAGUUGACAAGGGGUUUGGGUGCUGGAGGAAAUCCUGAGAUUGGUAUGAAUGCUGCUAGAGAAAGCAAAGAAGCUAUCGAAGAAGCACUUUAUGGUUCAGAUAUGGUUUUUGUCACAGCUGGAAUGGGUGGUGGAACUGGCACAGGCGGGGCUCCUAUAAUAGCAGGAGUUGCAAAAGCAAUGGGUAUAUUGACGGUUGGUAUAGUCACAACGCCUUUCUCCUUUGAGGGACGGAGAAGAACAGUGCAGGCUCAGGAAGGGAUUGCAGCACUCAGAGACAAUGUCGAUACUCUCAUUGUUAUUCCAAACGACAAGUUACUCACCGCAGUUUCUAUGUCUACUCCAGUUACAGAAGCUUUUAAUCUGGCCGAUGAUAUACUUCGUCAAGGAGUCCGUGGGAUCUCUGAUAUCAUUACGAUUCCUGGAUUGGUCAAUGUGGAUUUUGCUGACGUCAGGGCUAUAAUGGCAAAUGCAGGUUCUUCAUUGAUGGGAAUAGGAACUGCAACAGGAAAGACUCGAGCAAGAGAUGCUGCAUUAAACGCGAUCCAGUCACCUUUGUUAGAUAUUGGUAUUGAGAGAGCCACUGGAAUUGUGUGGAACAUAACUGGUGGAACUGACUUAACACUGUUCGAGGUAAAUGCUGCUGCGGAAGUGAUAUACGAUCUCGUUGACCCAACAGCCAAUCUUAUAUUUGGUGCUGUUGUAGAUCCAUCUUUUACUGGUCAAGUAAGUAUUACCCUAAUAGCAACCGGCUUCAAACGCCAAGAAGAAGGAGAAGGGAGGCCACUUCAGGCGACACAAGCGGAUACAUCAAUGGGAAUAGCAAGACGUCCUUCUUCAUCUCUCGCUGAAGGCAGUUCCAUAGAGAUCCCGGAGUUCUUGAAGAAGAAAGGCCGAUCUCGCUACCCUCGCCUCUAAAACUCAUCUCCUCACUCUACGUGAGAUGCAAGAAGGAAGGAUUGGUGUGGCUAAGUAAAUUGCCUCUUUAUGGGGAUUCUUUAGUAGGUGUUAGAAAUGGUUUUACUGUUAACUAUAUUACAAUAAUAAUGAUGUUUAUUGACAGAUGAUAUUACAUGUUAAUCUCAGUUUCUGUCAUACUUGUUUCAAGAUUUUGCUUUGUAGUAGUGACAAACUCUUUAAUAAAAUCUCUACUCUGCUUUGUACAUA